AGACACAUUUCGGUUGGACCUUGCGUGCAAUUGACCAAUAAAGUCAUCAUCUUAAUGCAGUUCUUCCAUUCCGUUUCAGUAAAGCAGCUUGAUGUUAACCUUUCCUUUGAUAUCCCAUCAAAAUGUGAAGAUAAAUAAGGUAUUGCUUAUGCAAAUCAUUUCGAUUUGCAGCACAUACUGUGGAUCUGUUGUAAGUCCUUGUGAACAGGUUUGAUUUGGAUUUUGCCACUGUUAGAUUGGCUGUGACGUCUCUAGGCUGUCUAUUCUCAGAUUAUUUCGGUGUAAAUCCUUAGUGUCCAUGUUGUCUUUACUAGCAGAGUUGCAUGCCAAGUGAAGGUGAACUGUUGGAAGGGCAAUAUCUGUGUAGAGAGUGUGUGUGUAUGAGGGUAUGUUAGUGGGUGAGGGUGUUAGGUUCUAUGUGAGUGUGUUGGGUUGUCAGAGGGUCACCAGAGGGUGGCGGGCUGAUUUAGAGGCACUCCUCUUCAACAUAUCUGUCAGUGCUGCUGAGAACUGAGAGCAUUACGGGCCUCUUGUCUUUCUCCCGACCCCCGCUCAUCCUCGCUCACCUACUGGUCGCCACACUUGCAGGGGGGGUUCUCUCUCUUUUUAGUCUGCAAUGGUGCUACUCUGUCUAACCCCACUCAAGAUGCUGCCCAUACCAAAGGCCCUAUAACAGACACCGUGGCAGUGUCAGCACUAUCAGAGCCUGGCUCUGAGACAGAAAACACCUCACUGUCUACUGAUGUCCCUCCUGUUGUCCCGGUGGAGGAAGAGGGCCUUGUGGUGGAGGAGGGAGUUGUGGAGGAAGGGGGCCUUGUGGUGCAACAGCAGCCCGAGAAAUAGAAGGCAAUGUCGGGAGACGAUGUGGUCUUCUCCUGCUUGCCGUCUGGAUGUGACCCAGAGGGGAUGGGGGUGCAGUGGGUGGUCCAUGGGCACAAGGAGAGGCACACCAUACUGGAGGGCAACCAGACUGGACAGGCACACCAUACUGGAGGGCAACCAGACUGGAAAGGCACACCAUACUGGAGGGCAACCAGACUGGAAAGGCACACCAUACUGGAGGGCAACCAGACGUCUGACGAUGCGUUUGCAGGCCGGGCAUUCCUCUCCGGGAACCCCACUGCUGGGGACUCAUCCAUGAUGCUGAGGAACGUAUCGAGAGUGGACUGCGGCGUUUACCACCGUCUCCUCAUUCCCCAUAUAUGGCACCACUGUGGAUGGGAGUGGGACCAAGCUCAGCAUCCACGAGGACCUGGGACAGUACUGAAUGCUAGUGUGCUGCUUGAGGAUACAAACUCAGCAGUAAUGGUGGGCAUCAUUACGGCAGUAGUUGGUGUGGUGGAGGGGCUUUGCGCUGGGACAUUGACGCAGUUCAAAGAGAAGCUGCCAUGCCUGAAGAAGUGAGAAGGUGCUCUUGUCAGGUUAGAGUGUGAACAGUGGGUAUGUAUCCAUGUGAGGGGAGUAAACCCCCCAAAAUAACGCGUCAGGUAGAAUGAGAUAAUAUACUGUAUGAUAUUUAGCAGACACUUUUGUCCAAAGCAACAAACAGUCAUAUAUGUUUUACUUAUGGGUGGCCCCAGCAGGAAUCGGACCCCCGGCCCUAGGCAUUGCUAGCACCGUGUGCUACUGGCAGCAUACCACCCUGCAUACCACUGCUGGCUUUCUUCUGAAGCUAAGCAGGGUUGGUCCUGGUCAGUCCCUGGAUGGGAGACCAGAUGCUGCUGGAAGUGGUGUUGGAGGGCCAGUAGGAGGCACUUUCCUCUGGUCUAAAAAAAUAAAUAUCCCAAUGCCCCGGGGCAGUGAUUGGGGACACUACCCUGUGUGGGGUGCCAGCUUUCGGCUGGGACGUUAAACGGGUGUCCUGACUCUCUGAGGUCAUUAAAGAUCCUCUGGCACUUAUCGUAAGAGUAGGGGUGUUAACCCCGGUGUCCUGGCUAAAUUCCCAAUCUGGCCCUCAAACCAUCACGGUCACCUAAUAAUCCCCAGUUUACAAUUGGCUCAUUCAUCCCCCUCCUCUCCCCUGUAACUAUUCCCCAGGUUGUUGCUGUAAAUAAGAAAGUGUUCUCAGUCAAUUUACCUGGUAAAAAAAUAAAUAAAAUAAACUGACUAAACCACAGAGAUAGCGCUACCACUGGGACAGUUUGUUCAUUUGGCAGCUUAGAUGGAGAGGAACUGUAAUUUAUACACAGUGUCAGACUAAUAUUGGCACACAGAACCAAAUCUCUAUGCUACUCAGUCUGUCACGAGAAAGACUAUUGCCAGAUAGACUCCAGGACCAUGGACAUGAACAGGCAACAGAAAUAAAGAGAGAGUGAUUGGGAAUUAUGUUUGAUUCAUUGGUUUAAUCUGUCCUGUGCACUUCUCUUCACAUGUGGAGACAAAGAUAAAAUCGCUCAUUGUUAUGGAUGUGUCCAAAUAAAUGACACUAGAAAACAGUUUAUGCAAAUGCCGCUACUUUGCUAUUAUUCUGGCUGCACUUUUUGACGUGAUUAAGUUAGCCAUAGUUGGCUAGCUAGCAAGUAAGGGUUAAGAACGUUGCAAGCAAUAUGGCAAUGAAACAUUUAGAACGAACGACUGGGUCGCGUCUGUAGAUACAGAACAAAAAGACUGAACGACUGGGUCGAGUCUCUUGCAACCAAACCAAUAGAACCCUAGAUUUGUGACGGGACUAUAUAUUGUGGAAGGAUAAAAUAGUAUGAAUAAAUUCAUAAAAAAUAAUGCUUUUACUUAAAAUAUGUCAAUCAUUAUUUGAACAUGUUGGUAACCCGUUGUAUAAAAGUGAUAAUCCUCUCGAAACUGGUGUUUGGAGAAUAUAUUGGCACAGUUUUGCCGGACCUUGACUUCGUCUCGGGCCUAACAACACCCGUGCCAAUAUAACCUCCAAACACCGGUUUCUCGGGCAUUAUCACUUAAAUUGGAACCAACAUCUAAAACCAAGUCAGUGGGUGGAUGGUCUCUAGGUAUGAGCAUCAAACCCAAUAUAACUAAUAGGACCCCGUGUCUUGAAUUUGGUGAAACAGUUCCCCUUUAUUUCCUGGUUUGUUCAUGUAUCAAAAUAUAAUUAACCUUCUCAGUGGUACAAGACAGAUUUACUAACUUGCUACGGUUUCUGCCUGACUGCUUCUGGGCAUAUUUCUUCCAAUCAAAAGUAAAACCUCAUCUUUCAGUGACCAACUCCAUAUCAGGACAAUUAUUUAUGUUGUCCUGGGUGUUCCUUUUCAAAACAACACUUUAAACUGUGGGAAAUUGAUGCCUACUAGAAUUACAUUGCACGUUUGUUUAGGAUUUAUAUGAACCGAUUGAUACAAUUUCGAAUAUACUUAUUCUUGUUUUACACCUAUUUAAAAUGAUUUACGUAUUUUGGCUUCGCUGUAAUGAAACGAUGCAUUCUUUCAAUACAGGAUUAUUUUUGGGGGAAACAGCUGCUAUGAUUGACUGCCCUCUAGUGGUUCAAAUGGCUGCACUAGAAACAGUAACAGUAUGAAUAAGGAGCUUUUUAUGCGCAUAACUUCUUUCCAUUUUGGAUUCAUGCAAGAAAUGUUAACGAAAGAAUAAAAACACAAGUACAUGAGAAAGAUAAAUAUGGUUUGGGAAAUGAUUGUCCAUGGUGACAUCAAGGUUGCUAGCUGUAAUUAGAUCUUAGAAGCAUGUUACCAAUACAUUUAAGUCAAUAUUAUUUCACUCAUUUCACACAUCUCCAUCCAGAAUAAAACACCAGGCAUAUUGU